CUAGACAGUCUUUCGAUCAGCUUUUCGGUGACCGGUAGUUGAAAUUCGAGUGUGGAAAUUCUAGAAAUAAAAAAAACAGAGAAACGGUUCUAAUAUGACUAGUCUGCAGAAAUCGGAUGGAAGUCAGCCAGUGCAAGGCGGUGCCCCGCAAAUCCCCCAGAAUGGAAUGGUAGCCUAUGGAAGCGGCCUCGUAUUCGGCGGGAAUGUGUAUCCGGUGUUGGUGGACGGAGUGCCCAUGCAGCCGCCCAUGGGCGCUCAUCAGGCGGCAGUGCAUCAGCGGAUGCAGAUGCAGAUGCAGCAGCUACGGCCGCAGGCUCCACAGAUACAGGGCCACAAACUCGUUGCUCCACAGCCGCCCUGUCCGCAAAGUGGCGCCCGAACAGGGACGCGAUGUCCUGCUCCCUCGUACAUGACCAAACCCCACCAGCAGAACUUUGGUCCUGUCAUGACCCAGCAGCAGCAGCAGCAUUACAGCAACAUCGCCAAUAUGCAGCAGCUGCAGGCGCAGAUUCUUCAGCGGCAACUGAUACAGGCUUCCAUGGGCAAUCCUUACAGCCAUUACGGCAACUACAACUUGCAACCGAAUGCGGGUGGCGACUCCGGAGGCUGGAACGGCUAUGCCAUGAUGCAGCCAGCGGAUGCCAAUAAACCGUAUUCCUUCGGCUAGAGCCUCACCGAUUGAGACCGAUUUGCAUAUGUGGCUGUGUUGGGGAAAACCGAUGAAAUUAAAUGUAAAUUUGUAA